UAUGCUGAGCUUUUUUUCGAGUAUUGUGUGAUUAUUUCCGUGUUUCUGCCUAAUUAACCUUUAGUUGAAUGUUGGUUGCUAAUAAGAUUUUUUUCAGUUUCUAGUUUCCUGGUAUGAUCACUGAACAAGGUGAAGAAUGUGUGUGCGUGAGAGUGACUCAUUGAUCAGUGUGGGCUGGAUUUUUCCGCUGUGCAUAAGGUACUGCACAUAUAUAAACCAUACAACGGACUGUGAUUUCACAUGUUCUCCUGCGCUGCGGGCGUAUCAGACAACAUGACCUCACAGCGAUGGAUGCUGACAGUCUGCUUCAUGCUGAUCUCAGACACUUGCAGGACAUUUGGCAGCGGCGUGGUUCAACCCUUCAGUGGUUCAAGUUACUAUGUAAGAUCCAACUGCCCUUUCACGCUCACCCGCUUCACCCACAACCGGGUUGAAUGUGACAUCACCACACAGCGAGGGGACAGUGGGCUGCUGGUCCAGGUGGAGAUCAUCAUCAACAAAAUCAAAACAGUCCUGCAGAAUGGAAGCGUUCUAGUGGACAAGACCAGGUUGGGUCACAAACCUGUUGCCCUUCCAUAUGACCACACCUACCAGCAUGUGUUUCAGUACGGCAUCUACACUAAACUGAGGAGCUCCCUGCUUCCUCUGUCUAUCACCUGGCACAAUGUGCCUGGAGGAAUAGAUACUUUGUGGGUGGAGCUGGAGCAGGAGCUGAGCACCGAUAUGACAGGACUGUGUGGCAAAAACAAUGUGUCAGACAGCACAGAUCAGUUGAUUGCAAAGAGUGCCCUUCCUGAUCCCACGUGUCAGACUCGAGAUCCUGUCUCCAUAUCCAACUCAACUUGCAGAAAGCUUCUUUCCGAGAUGUUGGAUUGUCUGCAAACCAAGACGUCUCUUUACAUCCAGCUCUGUGAGAAAAACAUUUAUGGCUAUGAAAACAGCAAAUACAUCGGCUGUGCUUUCUACAAAGAGCUGGUCCAGCAGUGUGGAAAUAAAAGUUAUGUGUGGGACACUUGGAGAACUAAGACCAAUUGCGCUUCACCUUCUUGUCCCGGAGACCUAAAUUAUAAAGAAGAGGGUCCUGCCUUUAUCCCCAGCUGCUCCAAUCCAAGACUGAGCAACCAGGAUCACAUCAGCACCUGUGUCUGCCCAACAGGUUUGGUGCUUAAUGACCGUUCAGAUGCUGUCCACUGUGUGAAUGUGUCCAGCUGCCCAUGUGUGUUCGCUGGCAAGAACUACGCAACCGGAGACAUACGCACAUCUAAGUGUCAGUCAUGUUUAUGUGAUGGAGGGAGGUGGCAGUGCUCUGAGAACUACUGCCCAGCCAGAUGUCUCGUUGAAGGCCAGUACGUGACAACCUUUGAUGGAAAACAAUAUGUCGUCCCUGGAAAAUGCUCAUAUAUUGUGUCACAGGGUCUCAACUGGACGAUAACUAUUCAGUUUUCUGAAAGUGAAGCGUCUCUGAAAACCGUUAUUCUCCAGCUCUUUCAGGAAACAUUUACUUUCUCACGCAACCAAGUUAAAGUGGGAGAGGAGGAGAUCACUGAGCUUUAUGAGUCUGACAAUGCUCUGGUUUUCUGGCAGUCCUCCAUGUACGUCCUAGUCCAGACACCUUUUGGAAUGAAGAUCCAAGUCCAGAUGUCUCCUGAAAUCCAGCUCUACAUCGCUCCAACCACAGGACGCUCUGAAAUUAUCUCGGGUCUCUGUGGCAACAACAACAAUGACACCACAGACGACUUCACCACCAGCAGUGGGAUCGUUGAGAACUCACCUCAGACAUUUGCCUUGUCGUGGAGUCUUGGCACUUGUGCAGUGAACAUACCCUCCACCUGCAUCAACCGAGACAGUGAAAUAUUUGCUGACGAGAAGUGUUCUGUGUUAAACGACCCAAGUGGGGUGUUUGCUAAGUGCCAUGGUUAUGUCACAACUGAUCAUUACCACACAGCAUGCAUCCAAAGAACGUGUAAUUGUGGCAGCAAUCUGCAGCAGUGCCUGUGUGUUGCUCUUGGUAGUUACGCCAAAGCCUGCUCCAGUCAGGGUGUGGAAAUCAGUGGCUGGAGGACAGCUACAAACUGCACUCUAACUUGCCAAAAGAAUCAAGAGUUCUCCUACAGUGUUCAGCGCUGCAAUCAUACAUGCAUCUCCCUGUCCGGCCAUGACCAUCGCUGUGGGUUGGAUGAUGAUCCGGUGGAGGGCUGUGGCUGUCCGGAAGGAACCCACCUGAAUCAAGGAGACAUCUGCACCCCAAAGGCAGAGUGUAUGUGUUAUCACUAUGGCAGCACAACACCGCCAGGACCUGUAGUCAUUGAUGGACGCCAGUGCCUCUGCGAGAAUGGAGAACUACACUGUUCCAAGGACUGUGGGUGCAGAAAUGGGAAGGUCUGUGUUCACUGCACAGAAACCCAAGUCAACACAGCUCAGAAAACCUGUAGCAGUCUCAGCAAACCACUGGGUGUCGGAGCGACCUGUGAGAGCGGCUGUUACUGCCCCUACGACCGCUUCGAGGACCACCAUGGAAACUGUGUUUCUCUGGACAACUGCACCUGCAUGUACGGUGGCAAAGUGUUCAGCUCAGGAGAACAAGUCAAAACCAACUGUAAAACAUGUGUCUGCGGUCAGGGUCAGUGGCACUGCGAAGACCAUCCAUGUCCUGGAAAGUGUCAAGUUUAUGGAAAUGGACAUUACCAGACGUUUGACUCUAAAUGGUAUCGCUUUAAUGGACACUGUCAGUACACACUAGUGGAGGAUUAUUGUGGAAGCAGAAAUGGCUCUUUCUCCAUCAGAGUGGAAAAUGUACCGUGCUGUGAUGAGGCACUGACCUGCUCUCGCUCCAUCAUCCUGGACCUGCAGGAUGAAGUUACUCUGACACUGAGCGAUAUGAAAGUGACAAGAAGCCUCCCGAAAAACUGGACCCUGCAAGAUAGUUCACUUUACAGCACACGCACGGUGGGACUCUACAUCGUAAUCACAGUGCCGAGCAGAGGGAUAACACUCAUCUGGGACAAACACACACGAAUCACCAUAGAGCUACAUCCAAACUGGAGGAACCAAGUAUGUGGCCUUUGCGGUAAUUUUGACUCCAAUGAGAUGAAUGACCUACAGAUAAGUGGCUCAGCAGUGGCGUCCAGUCCCCUGGACUUUGGUAACAGCUGGAAGGCUGCAACUCCUCCUUGCUCUGAUGUGACAACUGAAAUAUUUCCAUGUGAACGCAACUCAUACUGCUCUGCAUGGGCCCAGCAGCGCUGCUUAAUUAUUACAGGAGACACCUUCAAAGACUGUCACUUGAAGGUGAACCCAGAGCCAUAUUACCAGGCCUGUGUGCAGGAGUCCUGCUCUUGUCAGUUUGAAGGGAAGUUCCUGGGCUUCUGCACAGCAGUUGCAGCCUACGCAGAGGCCUGCAGUGAAAUGGAUGUGUGUGUCAAGUGGAGAACGCCCGACCUGUGCCCUGUGUACUGUGACUACUACAAUGAGGAGAGCGAGUGUACAUGGCACUAUGCAGCCUGUGGGGAGAUGCUGACAUGCAACAGAGACACUCACUUUACUCACAAGCUGGAAGGCUGUUACCCGAGAUGCCCAAAAGAUGCGCCGUACUAUGAUGAAAACACUGGUAAAUGCAGCAAACUGAGCAGCUGCACCUGCUAUUUUAAUGACGCCAUCAUUCAGCCUGGGACAAAAGUGGUGAUAGAUUCUGAGGACUGCCCCUGUGAAAAUGGAACCAUUAAAUGUCCACCCCCCCCUCCUCCUCCUCCUCCUUCAACUCUUAUUACAUCCACUCCAACAUCAACUACUGUGUCAUCUACCAGUGAGCCUUCCACUAUCCAAACAUGGCCGACCUCCCCUACAACCGUUACCAGUGUCUCACCUGCUGCUGAAACCUCGCCUUCAACUAUCACUAAAACCACCUUGGCUACAACUGUAACCUCUACAGAGGUGCAUACCACAUCGUCAACCACCCCUACAUCAACUGAACCUACAACUGAGUCAAUUGUGGAGUCUACCACAUCAACCAGAACCACACAGGUAACGACUACGUUACCUACAGUGGAGACAUGGUCAACCACGCCUUUCACUAUCCCAAGAACAAUCACAACGACGACCGACAUUUCAUCUAUCACUGAAGCAUCAUCAGUGCCACCUUCCACUAUCCCCACGCCAACAACAAUGACAACUGACAUGUCAUCUACCACUGAAGUAUCAUCAAUGCCCCCUUCCACUAUCCCCACAACAACAACAAUGACAACUGACAUGUCAUCUACCACUGAAGUAUCAUCAGUGAUACCUCCUACUAUACCCACGACAACAACAAUGACAACUGACAUGUCAUCUACCACUGAAGUAUCAUCAAUGCCCCCUUCCACUAUCCCCACAACAACAACAAUGACAACUGACAUGUCAUCUACCACUGAAGUAUCAUCAGUGAUACCUCCUACUAUACCCACGACAACAACAAUGACAACUGGCAUGUCAUCUAUCACUGAAGCAUCAUCAGUGCCACCUUCCACUAUCCCCACAACAACAACAAUGACAACUGACAUGUCAUCUACCACUGAAGUAUCAUCAGUGAUACCUCCUACUAUACCCACGACAACAACAAUGACAACUGACAUGUCAUCUACCACUGAAGUAUCAUCAAUGCCCCCUUCCACUAUCCCCACAACAACGACUACAACUACUACUACUACGACAACUUCGACCACUGCAAUCCCAGAAAGCCUUACAGGAAAAACAGCAGAAACCAUUAGCUUAGAAACUUCUACAACAACAAUGACAACGACUCCCUUCACAGAAUCUACAACCGUAACAACUACCACCAAAUACACAACAGAAGGAACAACUGUACCAGAGUCAUCAACGCCUGAAACUGUGCCUUCAACGUCAUUCACCAAUGCUACAACACAGUGGACAGAGCCGCAGACCACAGGGUCACACACAACUGAGCCAACAACAUUUGAGACGUCUAUCACCGUUGCAACCAAUGCCACAUCUGCUUACACUCCAAUACCAACUGUCACUAUCGAGCAAACUUCCACUGAAACACUUACAUCUGUGAACACUCAACCUACUACCAUGGAAUCAACAACGAUUACCAGCUCAACCAUUAGUACAGUAUUCACCAGUUCAACACCUGUGACCGAACUGACGACUGAACAGCCGACCACAAACAUGACUAGUACGGCAACAGAGAACACGCAGCACACCUCGACACAACCCACUAUCCCCACUGUGAUCACAGAGUCAACAACCCCUGAAGUUGUGACAGGACCACCUCCAAUUCAGACUACAUCACAUCAAGAGUGUGAAGAGUGCAUCGACCUGAAGACAAACCAAAGGUGGUCCUGCGAUAAAACGUGGACAGAGGACUGUUACAGCAAGACCUGUAAGAAUGGAACAAUAGAGAUGACCCCAGUAGUUUGUCCUGAGGCCACAGUUCCCAUCUGCCCCAGAGGCCUGAGCUCAGAAGUCUCAGAUGGAUGCUGUAAAACAUUUAAAUGUAACUGCCGUUGUGAGGUAUAUGGGGACCCCCACUACAUAUCUUUCAAUGGUGUACCCUUUGAUUUCCUGGAUGAUUGUACUUACAUCCUGGUUGAGGAGCAGUUGGUGCGACAUCACCUGACCAUUGCUGUGGACAACUACUACUGCGUGCCGGGCCUUGAGGGCUCCUGUGCUAAAGGCAUUAUCCUGCAAUAUCAUGGCAAUGUAGCAACGCUCAGUAUCAUCCCAGACCUGUUUGUGGUUCAGGCAACUCUGAACAAUAUGACCAUAAACCCACCAUAUGAGGAGCAUGGCUUUAAGUUUGAGACUACAGGGUAUGUGAUGUCAAUACUGCUACCAGAGGUUCGCUCCUUUGUCUCCCUUAGUCCGUCGUAUACUCUGGUGGUCAAUCUGGCUAUGGAGCACUUUGUUAACAACACCCAGGGACAAUGUGGUGUAUGCGGCGGUGAUGCAUGUGUCCGUAGGGGUGGGCACAUCGAAGACAACGACUGCUGUGAUAAGACAGCUUAUGACUGGGUGCAUACGGAUCCUUUAAAACCAUCCUGCAAUUCUGCACCGAGGAACGUAUCUUGUCAAAAGGUUCCAAGUCCAACCCCCACCCCAUGCCCUGUGAACCCACUUUGUGAGCUGCUGAACCACUCUGUUUUUUCAGAAUGCAGGGGAUAUGUGGAUCUGAACCUUAAACAGAAAAAUUGCGACUUUGACUCAUGCACAAACUCCAGAAGUGCCUGUUCUUCUCUUGAGCAAGCUGCUGAGGAAUGCAAGCAUUUUGGCCUCUGCAUUGACUGGAGGAGCCUGACUAACAGAGUCUGUGACGUGCCAUGUCCAGCAGGGCUGGUUUACAGAGAAUGCAACAAUAAGCUGGAUGACUACUGCUAUGGAGGAAUGCGUUAUCCAGGAGCCUCCAUCGAAAACAAUACCGGUUGUUUUUGUCCCAGCGGCCUGUUCAGGGCAGGAAAUCACUCAAGCAUCUGUGUUAGAGACUGUGAAUAUUGUAAAGGGCCAUUUGGGGAGCCCAAGCUGCCUGGUGAAGUGUGGCAGUCCAAUUGCAAACUGUGUACAUGCAACAACCAGACUCGAACAGAGGAGUGUUUUUCCAGCCCCCCCAAUCCACCCCCUGUUUGCGAUCCCAGCGCUGUUUUAGUAAAUACCUCCUGCUGUGGUGAUCAGGCUUGUGUUGAGAAGACCUGUAGUUAUAAGAACAACACAUACAGGGUGGGAGACCAGUGGAAAGAUGCUGCUCAGCCCUGUAGGUCAUUCAGCUGCAGCAGGGAGGGUGUUCAGACUAACACUAAAGUCUGUCCCAGAGAAGACUGUCCUGAGGAGGACAGGGUGUGGGAUGAUCAGCACUGCUGCUUUACAUGUAAUCAGAGCUGUGGUCCCAAAAUGUCCAAGUUCACGGUCAACAUAGACAACUGCACCGCUGUUGUACUGAUUCCUGCAUGUCAGGGCCAUUGUGUGUCUCAGAACCGCGUGGUGUUGAGCAGUAGCCUACAGGUGGAGCAGAGGAGCAGGUGUUGCCAGGAGCUGAGCUCACAGAGGCGACUGAUGGCGGUACACUGCACUGACCUCUCCACGCGGUUCUACUACUACAAGCACAUCACCAGCUGUGAGUGCACAGCCUGCAGCAUGCUGCAAUGAAAAGAGCACGCAUCCCAGAACAAAGACAAGAAACCAGACACUGUGUAUUAAAAUGUUACUGAUUAAUUUGUUUUGUACUUUUAGACCAAAUAAAAUAAAUUAAACUUUUU